CUCCUCCUCUCCUUCCCACUCUCGUCCCGCUUUGCCUCUUUUAGAACGCACAAUAGAGAGAGAGAGAGAAGAGAAGAGACUCUCAUAUUCUCAUAGCCACAACCUCUCUCUCUCUUUCUCUUUAUAUUAUAUACACAUUCUCAGACUCUGCAUUAUUUGCCUCCUCGACGUCUUUUGUAGCCAUCGCCGUAGCGUCGUUGAUUUGAGAAUAGAAAAAGGUUAGAUUUUUAUAAAGAAGGAUGGGAUACAUAGGAGCACAUGGUGUGGCUGCUCUUCAUAGACACAAAUACAGUGGUGUUGAUCACUCUUAUCUUGCUAAAUACGUUCUCCAACCUUUUUGGAAUCGUUUUGUCAAAAUCUUCCCUCUCUGGAUGCCACCCAACAUGAUAACACUUACGGGGUUCAUGUUUCUCAUCAUAUCUGCGCUGUUAGGCUAUGUAUACUCACCUCAGUUGAAUUCUCCUCCUCCUCGAUGGGUUCACUUAGCACAUGGACUACUUCUGUUUCUGUAUCAGACAUUUGAUGCGGUUGAUGGGAAGCAAGCACGAAGAACAAACUCCAGUAGCCCACUCGGAGAGCUCUUUGAUCAUGGUAGUUGUGAUGCACUCGCUUGUGCGUUUGAAACAAUGGCAUAUGGGAGUACUGCUAUGUGUGGAAGAGACACGUUCUACUUCUGGAUUAUUUCAGCUAUUCCAUUUAUUGGAGCUACAUGGGAAACCUAUUUUACCAAUAUACUUACUCUUCCGGUAGUCAACGGUCCUACAGAAGGUCUUGCACUAAUAUACUGUGGUCACUUCUUCACAGCCAUUGUUGGUGCUGAAUGGUGGGCUCUGCAGUUUGGAGAGUCAAUCCCCUUGUUUAGUUGGGUGCCCUUCUUGAGCGAGAUUACAACAUCAAGACUAGUACUAAUAACGAUGAUUGCUUUUGGUGUUAUACCGACACUUGCAUUAAGUGUGUCAAAUGUAUACAAAGUUCUACAGUCAAGAAAAGGAAGCAUGUUUGUAGCAUUAUCUAUGACUUAUGGUUAUAUCCUUUUGUCUUUAAUCAGGGAUUACUUGUCACCAGUUGAUCUCAUAAGAAACUACCCUCACUUAGUUGUAUUGGGAACUGGUCUUGCAUUUGGAUUCAUUGUGGGAAGAAUAAUCCUAGCUCACAUAUGUGAUGAACCAAAAGGACUGAAAACAAACAUGUGCAUGUCACUGCUUUACCUUCCUUUUGCACUAGCCAAUGCUCUAACCGCUAGACUCAACAGCGGGGUUGCUCUUGUGGAUGAGUUUUGGGUUCUUCUUGGUUAUUGUAUAUUCACAAUGGCACUAUACAUGCAUUUUGCAACUUCAGUCAUUCAUGAGAUCACUACAGCACUUGGAAUCUAUUGCUUCAGGAUUACGCGUAAAGAAGCUUGAAGGAAACAUUUGUUGAAAGAAUAAAAGGAAAAAAGAAUCUUAAAGGGAGGAUAAUGCGAAUCCCAACACGAAUCUUAUUAUUUUUGCUGAAACUAAACGAUUGGAUUGAUAUGUUUUUGGAUGAAUACCCGUUAAUGUUUUUAGUAUUUUGUUUGGUCGAAAUAGGUAAUUCAUUUAGAACCUUUAUGUAACGUGUCUACGAAAAAAGAAUCAAAUUUUCGUGAUUAUUUAUUGAUGAAUUUCUUCAUUUUGAUAACAGUUUAUUGCGAUUUGCUUUUUUGUUUAU